AUGCGUAGUGAAGCCGAACUGCCGCCACCCCCCGGACCUAGCAAGACCUUCAGCAUCGACUUCACCAUGCCCGCUGAUGAGGAUCCAGCAGACAGUAUAGAUGAACUUCGACAGCGGCACGAACGCUUCAUUGACGACCUCAUCCCUUCUAGCGAAGAAGAAGAAGAAGACGACGACCCAGCAAUGCUGUCGCCCUCGAAUGGGCCUGUCUUUGACUUUGCGAGUCUGCCCACACCGGCGUCCACCGUGAGCUCGGGGACAAGACCCAUGGUGAACCUGGGCAUCAAGCCACAGUUCAAUCUCGACUCGGCGGAGAAGCUGCUUCAGAUGUUCAGAGCCAUGUUGCCAUCGUGUCCUUGUGUGAUACUGGACGAGGGCUCCGAUGUCCGAACCAUGGCCCGAGACUCGCCUUUUGUUCUCUUGGCCAUCCUUGCCGCGACAAGUUGCUCCACGAGCCUCCAGGGCCAUAGUCUCUACGAUGAAGAGUUUCGCAAAGUUCUCGGGCUCAAAUUUGUGACAGGAGGUGAACGGACACUCGAUCUCCUGCAGGGUAUCUUGGUCUAUUGUGCCUGGUAUCCUUUUCACUUGAGACCCAAGCAUCGACAGGCAUUCCAAUAUUUAAAGAUGGCCACUGAAAUCUCAAGUGAUCUGGAAUUGGAUCAAGAAGAGACCUUCGCCGAUCGACUAGAGGGCGGGCUCAAUCUAGAAGAUUUGGCUAGUGUGCGAGCUUUCAUCAGUUGCUACUACCUAGUCACCGCUUUGUCAAACUCCUUUUCAAGAAACUCUGGCUUUCCUUAUACUGCUUGGCUUGCCAAGUGUUGCGACCUUCUUGAGCACCAGAGCAAUAUUGAGCAAGAUCACGUUCUAGUAUGGCUAGUUCGGUAUCAUCAUAUAUCUGACGAGAUGACAACAUUGCAAAGGAGUUACAGGAAACAGGGGUCGCAGAACGAUCCACAUCGUACUCUGAUUUAUAGGGGUCUCGAAUCUCAGUUGCGAGAAUGGCAGAGCCGUAUUCCAACAACAAUAGCCAUGAUGCCGUCCAUCAUGAUUUCUAGCCUCUUCUGCAACAUGCACCUGGUAGCUGCACCGUUAAUGGACAUGCGGCGGCCCAAAGCCAACGACAACGUUGGGCCGCUGCUCGAUGCCAAACGGCUCCUUGCCGCGGUUCAAGCCACGCGCGCCUUUUUCGACUUUGCCACGGCCCUCCCCGCCGACGCCAUGGCACAAUUUUCCAGCGUGGACCGCACUCGACUCAUUGUGGCCGUCAUUGUGGCCUACCGCCUCUCGUUCCCAGUCGAGGCCUGUCCCGAUUACGACGCCGCUCAGGCCCGGCUCAUCCUCGACUUUGGCGCCUACCUUGAGAAGCUCUGCCGCGACCCGGCCGAGGGGACGCUGGAACCUUCCGGUCGGAAGCGGACAGAUGUUUGUACCGCGUUCAGGGUGGUGCUGACGUCUCUCAAGGCCAAGUACGAGAAGAAAGUGGCGGCCGCCGUGGCAAAGGAAGAGAUACGGAUGAAGGCGCAUGAAUGUCCCAUGUUUGACGGUAGUCUCGAUGACUACAUAUCACUUUGGGAUGGCCAUGGCGCUCCAAUUGGCGGUGCCUCGUACUCUAUAUCUCAGUCUAGCUCAUCGGGUGUCUUGACAGAUGCAGUAUUAGAGGCGACACCAGCAAUGACACAGGGGAAGCCUUUGGAAUUCCAUGACCUUUGGGCAACUAUGACCUCGGAUUGGGGCGCUGGAGACUUGACAGAUCUCGGCUUGGGGGACGCUCAAUUAGACUAUAGUAGUUUCGAAUAA